AUUUUGUGGCCCAUUGUUGCUGGAUCUCCAUCGCGCGCUUUUCGGCAAUAGUGCACUGGAGCCUGUCACAAUCGACCCGCACCAAACUCAUUCUCUUCCGUCCGUUCUCAGCUCACCUCCACAUUUUAGCAAAUCCCCAUGGGGUACACAGACUAUCGCCGGACAUGAGUUCUAGGCCCUAAUUGGAGAGACUCCUAGUGUACACAGGGGCGAAGCUUGCCAACUGUGGAUGCAUAUAAGUGUCUACAUGUCUUUUGCUCUUCCAAUGUAGCAGUUAGGAUCGCAAGUUAACCCACGAGAGAGAAUCAGAGAACGGAAAAUGUUCAGCACAACGCCUCAAGAACGACGUGCAUGGUAUGCUGCCACGGCAGCUGCCAUGGUCAUGGCUUUAGCAGGAUAUGACGCAUCAACAUUCAAUUCCAUCCAAGGAUUCAAGACAUUCCAGAAUCAUUUCAAGGAGCCUCACGAGAAGAAAAUUAGUUCAUCUAUUCUUGGGGGCAUCAACACGGCUUAUCACGUCGGCGCAAUUGUUUCUGGACUCUUCAUCUCUCCUACGAUCUCAAAGAAGUUUGGUCGGCGUGUUCCCAUAGCUUUGGGAACGACAGGCGUUUUGAUCUCUGUAUUCAUGCAGAGCUUCGCUCCGAACGUUACUUGUUUCAUUGCUGGCCGAGUCAUCAUGGGCCUUGGCAAGGGCAUCAGUAUGAACAAUGGCCCAACAUACAUUGCUGAAAUUGCACCGACGAAGAUUCGAGGAAUCAUGUUAUCCAUGUGGCAGUUAUGGUACACCAUUGGUGCCUUCAUGGUAUACUGGGCAGCAUACGGAGCGCAACGAUCAUCUCAUCCUCUCCACGAUUGGCAAUGGCGCAUUCCGCUUUUUGUUCAAAUUCCACUACCCUUGUUCAUCAUUACGACCAUGUUCUUUGUCCCCGAAUCGCCUCGAUGGCUUGUCGAAAACGACCGUGUUGAAGACGCCCGCGCUGCAAUGGCUAGAGUUCGCAACGACGGUGUAGAUGAGGAAAUCAGCGAUAUUGUAACAGCUGUGGCUUACGAAAAGGCAACUACGAAGAACUGGGAUAAGUGGUGGGCACCUUAUUUGACUCUCGUCAAAGUACCUUCGCUGCUUCGCCGAACUCUUAUUGUUAUCUUCAUCAACGUCGGCCAGCAGGUGUCUGGAAGUUCUUCUCUCAACGCAUACACAACUCUGAUCUAUAAGUCGGUCUUCAAGGACGAUAACACUAUCUUUCUGAUCAACGCAUUGUCAAGCACAUUCUCAAUCCUUUUCACUCUCAGCUGCACUUUACUUGUCGAUCGUGCAGGAAGAAAGUUCAUCCUGAUGGCUGGUGCAGCUGGAAUGGGAACAACUCUUCUCGUGGUCGCGAUACUAGGCCUGAAAAUUCCCGAAAAUCCCGAUGGCUCCAGACCGUACGGAAUGGGGAUUGCCGUAGCAGCAAUGUUCUUCCUGUUCAACUUCUUCUACAAGCCAUCGUGGGGAGCUACGGUGUGGGUUUAUACGUCGGAAAUUUUCUCGACUGAUGUGAGAGCACACGGCGUUGCUAUCGGUGCUCAAUCGCAGUCGGUUGCUUCUACUGUUCUCAAUCAGUUCUUCCCAGAGUUCCUUGACAAGUGUGGCUUCUACACAUUCUUCUUCUUUGUCGGUAUCAACACCCUGUUGCUUCUAGGUGUCUUCUUCUUCAUGCCCGAAACUAAGGGCGUACCCCUCGAAGAGAUUGAUGUCCUCUUUGGCGCCGAGUCGCAUCGGGCAAAGGGCGAGGAGAUCAUUUACCAGAAUAAAACGGGCGAUGAGGAGAUUGACGAUAAGGGUGUGGUAGAGACGACUACAACAGAGAGAAUCAAGGCCUAA